AUGCAGGUUGCGUGUGUGGAGCAUGCAGCUGGGACUGCGGCUCCGGAGCAGUACUGGAAGUCUCUUCUUCCCAACACUCCCAUGCCAAGCUCCCUCUUUCAGCUCCUCAACGCGUCGUCGGUGAGCGCCAGUGUGGGGGCGGAGCAUCAGAAGCCCAGGGGCACCACGGUGGGCGUUCGCACCCGCUUCAGAUACCACACAUACCUCAUGGGCACAACGGAGGUGCACGCCGACCCCAGUGUCGCGCUCUUCUUCCUGGAGAAGGACCUGCAGAUGCGCACCGGCCAAAAAAAGUUGAUGAAGGUCGAUUUCAUGGCCACCCGGGGGGCAGGAGACAAGUUUUUGCUGCGAAGCGAGGCCGACGCCAUCCCAUUCACCACCGAGAAGCUCCCACAAAUCCUUAGCCGCUUCUCCGUGAAGCCGGGCUCCCUUGAGUCGUCGGAGAUGGCGCAGACGCUUCAAGACUGCGAAGCGCGGGCGGCCCAAGGUGAGCAGAUGUGGUGCGCCACGUCUCUGGAGUCCAUGAUCGACUUCGCCAUGUCAAGCCUCGGGAGCAACGAGCUGAGGGCCAUGUCCACCGCCGUUGGCAAGGAGGGAACACCGAUGCAGGAGUACACAUUGACCGGCGUGACGCACCCCGUCGCUGACCAGCUCGUGGUCUGCCACAUGGAGCCGUACGCAUACGCCGUGUUCGCAUGCCACCUGACACGGGCGACGAGGGCGUACAUAGUGUCGAUGGCCGGUGAGGACGGCACGGACGUCGAGGCCGUCGCGCUGUGCCACGCGGACACGGCCGGCUGGAACCCAACGCACGUCGCCUUCCAGGUGCUCAAGGUGAAGCCCGGCACUGUGCCGGUCUGCCACCUGGUGCCACAGGACCACGUCGUCUGGACCCGCAGCCUAUUGGAACAGAGCUUAUGGAGGAGGAAGCUACUAGAGUAUGACUCUGUCUCGCGCCUCCUCCUUGGCCACUCCACACCGCCAGUGUCCCUCCAGCCUCCGCACCCCCUGCAAUCUGCUCUGCCCAUUGCCACGCCAGGCCCGUGCUCCCCAUUCAUAACAUCUUCCUCCGCCUCCUCUCUUCUCCUCCCCUUCCUUGUUACAGUAGUUGUUACUGCACAUGCUGAUUCAGUUCUAUGUGCAGAGUAUGGUAGCCGCAGCAAGUCGAACGACAAUUUCCAUACUCACCUGCUGAACUUUGCCGAGCUCCGCCGCUGUCAGUAA